AUGUUUGAAGCCCUGCCUGUCUGCCUGCCUGCCCGAUUCUCAUAUCUUCUCCCACCUAUCCCCCUACCCGCGAAUAUGGAACCCCCCAAACCUGCGAAUGUGGAAUCCACUGAGAAACCUACCAAAUCCAAUGUUUAUACAAAAACAUCAAGAAAAUGA